CCAACUCGAGGACUAUAUAUAAUUUAAUCGCAACAUCACAUUCGUAUUAUGGGCAAGGGAAAGAGAGCUGCAGUCAUUCACUGCUCGCAGCCACCAUUAUCUACUACUGAUGUGCUGUCUAAGCCAACCACUUCAACUGACUCGGUGUUUUUGGACGGUCCAUCACUCUACAACUGUGAUGCUGCUACUCUACUGCCUGAUGAAGAGCAACUGCUCGAGUCUGCUCCUUUGAUGACACUGGUCACUACAUACAUCUCUUAUUUUAUCCUGAUUGUCUUUGGUCAUAUCCAGGACUUGUUGGGUUCCAUUUUAGACCCAGAAUCCUUCCGUCAUCUGCGUACUCAAAACGGAUAUGCUCCCAUCAGCUCUGGUUUCGAUACUUUUUAUCAUCGUAGGCUAUAUGUUCGUAUUAGAGACUGUUUCAACCGUCCUAUCACCAAUGUGCCUGGUGGUACAGUGCAUUUGCUGGAGCGCACUUCGCUCGACUACAACAAGACCUUCCAAUUCACUGGUAAAACUCGCGAAGUACUCAACUUGUCAUCUUACAACUACCUUGGAUUUGCGCAGAAUGAAGGUCCUUGUGCUGAUGCUGUUCAAACAGCCAUCAAAAAGAAUGGUUUGAUCUCUUGCUCACCCCGUCUGGAGGCUGGAUCUGUUGAGCUGCACAGUCAAGUCGAACGUAUGGUUGCCAAGUUUCUUGGACAAGAAGAUGCCAUUCUUUUUUCCAUGGGAUUUGCCACAAACUCAACCUCGUUGCCUAGUCUUGUCGGGAAAGGCGAUCUUGUCAUCUCUGAUGAGUUUAACCACUCGUCGCUUGUCUUUGGUGUACGUCUUUCAGGUGCCAGUGUCAAGGUCUUCAAACACAACGACCCUAUAGAUUUGGAAGCUGUUUUGAGAGAUGCUAUCGCACAGGGUCAAUCCCGCACUCACCGCCCAUGGAAGAAAAUUAUUGUUAUUAUCGAGGGGUUAUAUUCCAUGGAGGGCAAUAUCUGUAAUCUUCCGGCCAUUGUUGAUCUAAAGCACAAAUACAAGUUUUAUCUGUACAUGGACGAGGCACAUUCUAUUGGCGCAUUGGGUCCCAACGGACGUGGUGUUUGUGAUUAUUAUGGAAUUGAUCCGCUUGAGAUUGAUGUUUGCAUGGGCACAUUCACUAAAUCUUUUGGUGCUGCGGGUGGCUACAUUGCUGGAAAAAAAGAAAUUGUAGAUCAUCUUCGUCUCACGUCUCACUCUGCUGUGUAUGCAGAAGCUAUGCCUAUCCCUAUUUUACAGCAAGUGUAUACUUCUAUGCGCAUCAUUAUGGGCGAGAUUUGUGGUGAUGAAGGGAGACAUCGUAUUCAAACCCUUGCUCGAAAUUCUCGGUUCUUUGCCUCGGAGCUUCGCAAAAUGGGCUUUAUUGUUUAUGGCCGCGAUUCACCUGUUAUUCCUCUGCUGUUGUUUCAUCCUGCAAAAAUUCCUGCUUUUUCACGUGAGAUGCUGAAACGAGGAAUUGCGGUCGUGGUCGUGGGAUACCCUGCUACACCCAUCAUCACUUCUCGAGUUAGAUUCUGUAUUAGUGCUGCUCAUAGUUUGGCUGAUUUGGAAUGGGCGCUUGAACAGAUUUCUGAAGUUGGAGAUAUUCUAGGACUGAAACUUCGUGUAGGUGCAUAAUGUGUUUGCAAGCAUCCACUCUUCUAUUUUUACAGGGAAUCACUACUAUAUAUUCCCAGCUUUAGAAUGGUAAACAGAAUCGAGGUUUGGGUGAUGUCUAUUGACAGGGAUUUUGGUUAUAUUCAAAAAAGGUUUUUACAAUCAAUACAAUUUAAUCAAACAUA